GAGGCAUCUAAAUUAGAGUUGAUUGCCCUGUCGGAUUCCUGUGCCUUGUUUCCUGUUAUGGCUUUGGCGUUGCGCCUUUUCGGCGUUUGAAAGGCCGGCUGUCAUUACGUUUAGCCGUCCCCCGCCUCGAACCAAGAAAUCUCGUAGCCAAUCACCAGAGAAAGUACUCGAUGGGUCUGCCAGAUAACGAACUAUAUAAACCACAUUGAAUCUGUCAUUGUAUCUUCAUUAUGCCAGUGUCUAUGUCACAUAACAUACACUAGCAGUGGAAUUUGGUUUCUGUGUUCAUCCCCUUGCCCCCCUUCUUUCGAAUUUCUUUUCCAUCAGGCAAAGAUGGACACCAAGACUGCCAAAGAUAACAAAGACAGCGAGGCCGUUGCCCACCAUGCAGAGACAGUGCCAGCUUUAGGAGAAAUAGAGCCAUACGGGCCUCCCGGCCUACGAGGCCUCACAUCAAACCCAUUCAUAUCUCUCUGCGCCGCAUGCGCAACAUUAGGAGGUCUCUCUUUCGGCUACGACCAAGGCGUCAUCUCAGUCACCCUGGUAAUGGACCAAUUCCUCAACCGGUUUCCAGAGGUAUCACCCGAUGCGUCUGGUGCUGGGUUCUAUAAAGGACUCAUGACCGCGAUGCUGGAGCUGGGCGCCCUGAUUGGGGCGAUUAACCAGGGCUGGGUUGCGGAUUGGAUCUCGCGACGGUACUCGAUUCUUGUGGCGGGAACUAUUUUCACAAUCGGUGCUAUUCUGCAGACGGCAGCGGUUGAUUAUGCUAUGUUGACGGUUGCGAGGCUGAUUGGUGGUGUUGGGAUUGGGAUGAUGUCGAUGGUUGCUCCCGUUUAUAUUUCGGAAAUUAGUCCUCCUGAAUGCCGUGGUACACUGCUGGUAAUGGAAGAAUUCAGCAUUGUGCUAGGAAUCGUGAUUGCCUUUUGGACUACAUUCGGCACUCGGUACAUUGCUGGCGAAUGGGCGUGGAGGUUACCCUUCCUUCUCCAGAUGGUUCCCAGCACAAUCCUAAUGAUUGGGGUGUUUAUGCUCCCAUUUCUCGACAUUCAGGCAGAAGUCCGGUUUCACAAGGCUACUAAUAUGCAGCGACACCCGCACCUGCAGGGCGGAAGCAUGAAGGAGACGUUUCUGCUUGAGAUGGCUUCGUGGGCGGAUUGUUUCAAGAAGGGCUGUUGGAAGAGAACGCAUAUUGGAAUCGUCCUCUCUUUUUUUCAGCAGUUCAUCGGCAUCAACGCACUCAUCUAUUACUCCCCCACUCUGUUCGAGACCAUGGGCUUAGACUACGAAAUGCAACUGGUCAUGUCGGGCGUGGUCAACGUCGCACAGUUAGUGGGCGUGACCACCAGUGUCUGGACGAUGGAUUCUCUCGGUCGUAGAGCCUUGCUCCUCGCAGGUGCGCUGGUCAUGGGCGUCUCACAUAUGAUUAUCGCCGUCUUGGUUGGCCUGUUUUCUCACGACUGGCCAUCGUUCCGGGCAGAGGGCUGGGCUAGUGUUGCGCUUCUGCUUGUCUAUAUGGUUGCCUUUGGGGCAUCGUGGGGGCCUGUUGCCUGGGCGUUGCCAUCUGAAAUCUUCCCAUCCUCUCUACGAGCCAAAGGCGUUGCUCUGUCAACCUGCUCAAUCUGGUUAAACAACUUUAUCAUUGGCCUUAUUACACCCCCGCUGGUCCAGAAUACUGGAUACGGAGCAUAUACCUUUUUCGCAGUUUUCUGCAUCUUAUCCUUUGUCUGGGUGUUUUUCUUCGUCCCUGAGACAAAAGGAAGGACUCUGGAGAAUAUGGAUGAGGUGUUCAAGGAUAACUCGAGCAGUGAAGAUAAAGGGCUGCGGUAUGCUAUUGAGGUGGAUUUGAUAAGGGAAAGGCAGCAGUCUAUUUGAUCGCCCAGGAAGGCAAGGACUGUUUAUUCGGUCUAUGCACACUCUGUCGUUAUAAUCCUGGCAUCAAUAUGAUCUUUGCUAGGGGUGUUGCGUUGUCUCAUUAGACCGAGAAUUUGUUUUGUUCCCUUAUUUCGAUAGAACAGCUCGCUACCGGGCUUUAUCAUUCUGUCAUUUCCUAUUUCGAAGAUUCUCAAUGACUAUGACCGCAGCAUACGAUUUCCAAUGAUUUUGAAUUGACCUUUCCGCUUAACCACUGGGGUUCCAGCAUGUUCGAAACUUCAAGUA